AUGGCGAGCACUACUCGCCCCCCUGAUAUCAACCAGGACGAGAACGGAGGGGAGGCCACAAAGAAGAACUACUAUGAGAUCCUCGGAGUGGACAAGGAUGUUUCUGGUGGGUCGAAGGGAGGUCUUCCAGCCUGCACAGAGUUGACCGGGGGUGCAGAUGCCCAGAUCAAGAAGGCAUACAAGAAGCUGGCGAUCAAGCUUCACCCCGACAAGAACAUUCAUGACCCUCAGGCUCAGCAGAAGUUCGCCCUGCUCAACGAGGCAUACACGGUGCUUAGUGAUCCUGAGAAGCGGAAAGAGUACGACGAGGGGAUAGCAGAGCAGGACGUGGGCGGGCAAGAAACUACAAAUGGGAUGGAGGAAACUUGUUCUUCAACGUUGGUCGCGUUUUUCUCUAUCCUGGGAUCUUUCUUUCCAGCCGAUCUCUUCGUUCAAUCUUCUUUCUACCUCAAGCACACAGAACUGCUCAUCGACCCUGCUCCCUCUCGUCUUCCAAAGGCUCACCUUGGAAUCUAUGGAUUUCUUGACGGUACCAUCGUCGAUCACUCCAACACCGUCUCAGCAGAUCGAGACGGUCAGCAAGUGUGCGCAGCACCCAUCGUCCCGGAGACCGCAGUUGCCUACUGGGCGGUUGCGUCAGACUGCUGCUCGCCCGGGAUAAUCACGUGCGCGGGCUGGAAGGAGAAGUGGGAACAGGGAGUGAACUGCAUCUACAGCACCAUCGCUACAGUCUCCGGUGGCACAGAGGUUGUCUCUCCGGUUGCGCUGGUUUGGACCAAGAACGCUGCCGACAAGAUCCGGCGCAUGUACGAGGUCCCAGCAUGGAUCUGGCUUGUGUGCGUCACAUGCCUGUGGCCUCUCCUCACUCUCCUCGGAUGGGCGAUCCUGUCGCUGGGGGCGUGCUUCUGCCAGGAGAGCUGUUGGUCGGACCUCAACAUCAUCGAGGAUUGA